AAUAAUUCAGAGCGGCGGUGGCGGCAGCAGCGGCGAGUGUGGACAGGAGGCGGCGGCAGCAGCAGUGGGGACCGAGCGGCGGCGGCUAUGCAUCCAAGUGCGGUUGGGCACCCGCGGCAUCCCUGAGGCCCGGGAGAGGCUCGGGAGCUUCGCGAGGGGACGCUUAUCCCGGCAGUGAGAGGAAGCGCUGUAGUGUCCGGAGCGGCGUUGGCAGAGCUGCGCCCGGAGCUGAGGAGGGGGCUUCGGAGCGGGCCGGGGUGGGGGGGGCGGCUGGCGCAGGCAGCCCCGGGGGUGGGGGGCGGGGUGGGCGCCGGCGCCGCGAUGCUGGGCGUCGUGGAGCUGCUGCUGCUGGGGGCGGCGUGGCUGGCGGGCCCAGCCCAUGGGCAGAACGAAACGGAGCCCAUCGUACUUGAGGGCAAGUGCCUGGUGGUGUGCGACUCCAACCCCACGUCCGACCCCACGGGCACGGCUCUGGGCAUCUCCGUGCGCUCCGGCAGCGCCAAGGUGGCAUUCUCGGCCAUCAGGAGCACCAACCACGAGCCGUCCGAGAUGAGUAAUCGCACCAUGAUUAUCUACUUCGACCAGGUACUAGUGAACAUCGGGAACAACUUUGAUUCAGAACGCAGCACUUUCAUUGCCCCGCGCAAAGGAAUCUACAGUUUUAACUUCCACGUGGUAAAAGUCUACAACAGACAGACCAUCCAGGUGAGCCUCAUGUUAAACGGGUGGCCGGUGAUUUCAGCCUUCGCUGGUGACCAGGACGUGACCCGGGAGGCCGCCAGCAACGGAGUCCUAAUCCAGAUGGAGAAAGGCGACCGAGCAUACCUCAAAUUGGAGCGGGGGAACUUGAUGGGGGGCUGGAAGUAUUCGACCUUCUCCGGAUUCCUGGUGUUUCCCCUCUGACUGGCUCCUAGCGGUUGGAGGCAGGGAGAGGGCCAAGGCAGGAGGGUAGUGAGCAAGAGGCUGAAAUUCAGAGGGCGAGAAAGCUGCACGACUUGAAACUUCCUACACGUUCCCCAGCUGUAUCCGGGUAAAAGGUGCGCGCCGUCGGGCGCUGUUGUCCAUUUCCUCUUUAGGUGAAGUCAAUUCUGCUUAGCUCUGUGCACUCCUAUUUCCAAAAAUAAACUCACCUCCCCCGAUUCCAGUUGCAGUGAUCAUGAAAGAGACUGCCUUGUCAUUGUUUCUUACCCUCACAUUCAUGUUCCCUACAAUUUAUUUAAAAGGAACUUUGUAUUUCACUGUAUAAUGUGAAAUAUUUAUCCCCCAUUUCCCUUCUGAAUCCUUCCACCUACUGAAAUCUAAUAUCCACCCCCCAUUAUUUUUUUGUAGUUGGGGAAGGUGUAAUUUUUUUUUUUUUUUUGAUGUGGGAGGUAGUUUUAAAUUGGCAAAUGUUUACUAUUCUUAAAAGAUGCUCAAGAGCUAAUUAGCUGAAGAUACUUUGUAUCCUGGCUGCUUGGUAGCAGAGAAAGGACUCACCUUAGUGGUGACUGGUU